AUGUCAAAUAUACAGAAUUGCAAAAUUGGUAUCAUUGGAGCCAACGGUAAGACGGGGACCUUAUUAAUCUCGAAAUUAUUGAAUUUGAAGGAGCUUGAAAAUAAGAAGAAUAUAGUGGCAUUUAUACGUAAUAAAGAAGCGUUCAUUAAAAAUAUCGGUUUAGUUGACGUUGAAAAGAUUACCACCAGAUUAUAUGAUCUGGAAAUUGAUGACGUUGAAUCUUUAGCGUCCAAAUGCAAAGAUAUUGAUAUAUUGGUGUUUCUUGCCGGGGCAGGUAGACAAGGCAAGCAGAGAUUAUUUAGCGUUGACUUAGAUGGUGUCUUCAAAUGUGUUGAAGUAUGCGAAAGGUUGGGUACUGUCCAGAGGUUUAUCGCCGUUAGUGUGUUGAAAGUGGAAGAUAGAAAAUUUUGGUGGAACAUUGAAGGUCUCAGAGGUUACUUCAUAGCUAAAAAGGCUGCAGAUCAUGAAAUUCAACGUUCGCAUCUAAAUUAUACUAUUUUACAUCCUGGUUGGCUAGGAAUGAGUAAGGGAACCGGGAAAAUAUGUGCUAUUGACAAAGUUGCGGGGACAUUAGUCCAUAGUAACAACUAUCUUGAAAGAGAAGAUUUAGCAGAAGUUAUAGUGGCGUGCAUGCUGAAUCCGAAUGCUACAUCGAGGCAAGUGAUUCCAUUAAUUAACGGUGAUUUGCCAAUUGUCGAUGCAAUCAAUGAUAUUCACUGA